CCUUCCGAGUCUGUGAGUAGCAUUCGACGAGACGGAACGGCCCGGCGCCAUUACUCUCGUAUCCACAAACGUGACUGUGUCUACUUUUCGCUUGUUGUGCCAUCGAUCGUGCUAAAACAUCAUUACUGCGCAGUGUUAAGGUUGCAAUAAAGAAGUUCCCGCUUGGCUGAACAAGGUCAAAGAGUUCGCUACGACAUGGGGACGAGGCUCCGGGAGUUACUACUGCUCCUGGUGGCGUGCACGCUGGCGCUCAGCGAGCCCGCCAACAAGACUGCCAAGACUGACAAGGACGACAACUUCCUCUAUCAGUAUGACGACUACGAGACCGCCGACGACCAGAAAGUUCUCUUCAGUGAGGACAAGCCCUGCCCUAGAGAUUGCAUUUGCACCGCCACACAAGGAUACAAAAUAGCCAAAUGCAACCGUCUCGAAAUUGGCACGCAGAAAUUCGGCGAUGACAUCACAGACAUAGUGAUUGAAAACGCUGACCCAAGAUUCCCCAUUAAUCUAGACGAUUACAUUUUCAAGAAGCUCGGCCUUCACCAAAUCGCAACCGUGAAAAUUGUGAACAGCACGAUUGGCACGAUCGGCCCUAACGCUUUUCAUGGCCUGCAGGACCUUUAUGCGGUCAACCUAUCCAACAAUAAGCUAAAGAGUCUGCACCCUGAGACGUUUGCGAACAACAAGAAAUUGUUGUUGUUGACUCUUUCCAACAACCCUCUGAAGUUCCCUGCACCCAACACACAGGAUUAUUUCUUGAAUGCAUCAUCCGUGCAGGAGCUUGAUGUAUCCUACUGCAACAUGCAAUACAUUACCCCUCACAGUUUCAAAAAUCUACCUAGUGUAAUGUACCUGAAUGUGGCUGGCAAUAAUUUGUCAGAAAUGGAUCCCGAUACGUUCAAGAAGCUCUUAGACUUGGAAGAACUUGACUUGAGCGAUAAUAACAUCCAGUCUCUACCCAACGACAUUUUCUCGGAAAAUACCGAGCUUGCCACGCUCCACAUUCAAAGGAAUCCAAUUGAUACUGUAUAUGACUUACAAGUUUCCGACUUGCUUACGUUAAAUGCUGGUCAGACAAACAUCAAGUUUGUCGGGCCAUCUAUGUUCAAUGGAAUGACGUACAUUGCCAAUCUUAACCUCAGCGGAAAUAACAUUGAAAAGAUACACAACCAAGCUUUCCACAAGCUGAUUGAACUGAACUACUUGGACCUCUCCUAUAAUAAUCUCGACUUCAUUUCAAGCAUUCUUAUCAAAGAAAACAUUGAGCUGGAUAUUUUCAAAAUCUCUUAUAACCCUAGACUGAAGAAGCUGCCAGAAGAUGGAUUCAAUUGUUCCGCUGAUCAAUUCAAUAUGUACUUGUUUGAGGCUUCAAACUGUGGCCUUGAAGAAAUUUCCGACAACGCACUAAGGACUUUCACCGCACUUUCUCAGAUCAAUCUGUCCGGCAACAAAAUCAAGUCAAUAAGUAAUCAAGUAUUCUCGCGCUGCCCUAAACUAGUGGACAUCAACUUAGCCAACAAUAUGUUGACGACACUUGACAUCAAGAUCUUCGAAAAGAAUACUGAGCUCGGUAGGCUGAAUCUGCAAGGCAACCCAAUCAAAACAUUCUCAGCGGAAGUUUUCCUUCAUACUCCCACGUUACAGUGGCUGGACUUGAGCCAUGCUGAGUUGACUUCUCUAUGGAGGUUGGAGAAGAAUCAUCCCAAAACACUUCUUGGUAACUUGAGCUUCCUGAACGUUUCACAUAACCGGAUUGCAGAGAUCAAAUUGCCUGAAGUGGAAAAUCUGAAAAAACUGCGCACUCUGGACAUCAGCAACAAUCCGUUGGCUUGCGGCCGUGAAUUUGAAAAUCUAAUGACGUGGCUAAGCAAGCAGAAGGUUUCAUCUAACGGCGAGUCCGCCAGCAUCGCCAACCUGGCCAGAGACGGUAAGGAAGAGGAAACAACGUACAGCUGGGAGGCACUUACAAAGAAAACUUGCGGUUCCACUAUUAUUCACCCAGUGGAGCCUCUUCCUAGCGUGUCGGAUGAGGAAAUUUGGGAGAGAAUCGACAAAGACGAUGUGGGUAAUUUCGACCUUAAGGACACCCUAGACGACGGCAAAAUUGCCGAUGACGGAAAAGAUACUUAUCAGACUGACGACGACAAGGAAAUCGACGAUGAUGAUGAUUUGGACGGUGCUGAUGACUCUGACGACGACGACGAAGAUGAGGACGACGAUGACGAAGAGGACGACUCCGGCGAGGACGAAGACAGCAACGACAUGGACCUCAGCGUCAAGCUGAAGGAGAAGCCCGCCCUGAGCAAACAAGCCAAAUCCACCGUGCCAACUAUUCGCGAGGACAGCAAAGUUGAAAUCGAUGUUAAGUUGUUGGACAACGAUAACGUGUUCGGCGACCCCGAACCAGACUUCUACCCCUACAUUAAGGAAGCUUCCAUGGUCAAGGAAGGCGAGCACGGUCACUACUUGUACCUGUGGCCUAUCCUUAUCGCCAUCCUGGGAGCUAUAUUGUUGAUGCUCAUCAUCGCCAAGGUAGUUAUGGUAGUGUGCAGUAGGAGAGAUAAGCAAAUGAGAUACAAUAGUGCCAUAAUUGCUGCCAUGAGUCAACAGGGCCGCACGAAGAAAGACUGUGGUCUGGUAUACCAGCAGCUGUCGGAGGACCUGACGGGUCCGGCGACCCCUAAACUGAACCGCUACCAGCCGCUGCACAGUGUCACAGUGAAGGCUUCCAAUAUGUAUGAAAGCAGUCCGUUUCACCACAACAACAUCGUGCCAGAGGCGGUCUGAGCCGCGCGGCCGCACCUUUUACAUUAAGAACAUGCAACAUUAACAGCUGCUGUAAUUUUCGUAAGCAGUACGUGAUGUAGUUGUAAGCGCUAGUCGAGCACUACUAACAAAAAGAGCAUUUCAUAAUACGGUAGCUUCAUCUCGUUCAUCGGGACCAUCUAGCGCGUCACUUGUUUUAAUUAAAGAAUGAAAGUAUCAAAUGAAAAGUCAAAUUUUUACAACAAAUUAAUUUAAGGUAUACAUAUUAUAUAUAAUACAAAUUAGUUUUAGGUUUAUUUUAUGUACUUAUAAUUAUUAAAAAUAAACUAGGUACUAAAAUCUU